UACAAAAUCGCCAUUAACGACCUUCGAAUCUUCGAUCACACAGUCUGAGAAAAGAAAAACCCUCUGUAGAAUGGAAGGUCUAGUGAAAGGUUUGCUUAAUGUGGCAUUUGGAGACGACGAUCGAGAAAAGAAGAGAGAAGAAGAUGAAAUUGAUGAACGAUCUAGAUCUACUUCGUGGGCGCAGGUUGUGUCCGGCGACAAGGAUGAUGAUGAUGAAGAUGAACAGAAGUAUAGUAGAAACAGCAAUCGAAGAAAUGAGGAAGAAAAGAAUGAACAAUGGGGAUCUGGUGGAUCAAACACUUAUAGGCGACCUCAACAGGCUGUGAAUGAUUAUAAUCAAAGGCAUCCUGAUCAACAGACUGAAGAGGAAAACAAUGAUGGCUGGGAGACUGUUGGGAAGAAGAAGCCUGCAAAAAAACACCAACAGGUUCAAAAAGACAAUUGGGAAAACUUCAAACGUCCUGCAAAUGAGCAAGAAUAUUCUAAUGAAGUUUCACAUACUUCUCAAAUGGAACCCUCAGAAGAUGAACUCAAUGACCUCAGCCAAGCUUGCAACAAGCUAUGGGAGCUUGAUUACAACCGUUUAACACCUGGACAAGACUAUGAAAUCGACUGUGGUGAAGGAAAGAAGACAUACCAAAAGCAAGAUAUGGCAGAAGGAAGCCUCUUCACUUGGCUAAGUGAAGAUGUUCUAAAAAAACCUACAAUUUCCCGAUUCUGUUCUCUUUUAGAUAACUAUAAUCCACACGAAGGGUAUAAAGAACAAGUCACUUCUCAAGAGAAACAAGAACAAGCUGGUUUCAUUGAAGAGAUAUGUAGAACUGCACCAAUUAUAUACCUUUUUAAGUAUCUUUGUGCUAAAGGUAUUGUAUCCCAUGAUUAUGCGGAGUUUAAAGGGCUUUUGACAAGUCUUUGGUUUGAUUUAUAUGGUCGUGGUGGCACCUCUAGUUGUUCUUCGGCUUUUGAACAUGUUUUUGUUGGAGAAAUCAAAAGUCGCGGGGAGCAGUCGGUUUCAGGCUUCCAUAAUUGGCUUCAGUUUUACAUGGAAGAAGCAAAGGGGAGAGUCAAUUAUCAAGGCUAUAUCUUUCCGCGAAGGCGUGGGGAGACACCUGACUCUGAGAGUCAGUUGCUGACAAUCCAAUUUGAAUGGAACGGUGUGUUGAAAUCGGUAUCGAGCACGAUGAUUGGAGUGAGCCCCGAAUUUGAGAUUGCUUUAUACACAUUAUGUUUUUAUAUGGGAGGUGAAGAGAACCAUGUUGAACUUGGUCCAUACUCCGUGAAUAUCAAGUGUUAUCACCUUGGAACUAAACUUGGAUCCGCUUUUCCCGUUGCGGAUUCUUGAAUCAUAAUAUUUUGUAUUUUUUCUUUUAAUUUGUGAAAUGGUGUAAUUUGAUAAAGGAUUGAUGUACGAUAUAACUUGAUAACUUGAUGAUUGUUUUUAUUUUGCGCGAUUGUUGCGCAUGUAACUCUACUUUGACCUUGAUCUAGUAGCCAAUAUUAUGUUAUGGUAUGUAAUAUUUUGGAUCUUUGAUGUUUA